AUGUUUCAAGGGCACCGCGGUUGGUUCUGCCGCAGCGUCAGCGGGGACCUGAGGCAGUUCUGGGUGACUGAAGGGGGGACCAUCUGUGACCCGCAGGCCGCCGACUUUUUGUUCAGCUGUGAUGCCUCGCACCCAGACACGCUGAGAAUAUAUCAGAGCCUUGAUUACAUAGAAGAUAAUGCUACAGUUUUUCAUGCCUACUAUCUCUCUGCGGUAGCUAAUGCUGAAAUAAACUCAGUGGCUUUAGGUCAUUUCAUUCUUCCACCUGCAUGCCUGCAAAAAGAAAUAAGAAGAAAAAUUGGUAGUUUUAUUUGGGAACAAGACCAACAUUUUCUGAUAGAAAAGCAUGAUGAAGUAACACCGAAUGAAAUUAAGACCCUUAGGGAAAGCAGUGAAUUAGAAACAGAGCACAAAAAAGAAUUAUCCAAAAGCACAGGAGAGCAUUUUAUAAGGACUCCAGUUGUAGAAAAGCAGAUGUACUUUCCUCUUCAGAAUUAUCCAGUGAACAACAUGGUAACAGAUUAUUUAUCAAUCAAUGCCAUGAAGAAAUACCUUGGGGAUCUACACGACUUCAUUCCUGGAAGCUCAGGGUAUUUGGCAUACCGUGUUCAAAAUGAAAUUAACAUGUCUGCUAUAAAAAACAAAUUGAAGAGGAAAGUUUAA